CUUCAGUCGGUUAUGUCUCUGAAUCGACCCAAGAAACACAGGCUGCUGGAUCUCAGUGCGAAUCGAACCGAGGGAAAAUGAGAGGUGUUCAAUUGGCUAAAUCGGGCACCUCUGGAUCGGACCUACGGACGUCCGCAAUUUCUGCUGACCCGUGUGUGGCUAGACUAGUCUUGCUCUGCACUCGCUGACGAACUGCUGGCCUCGUGUCGAUCCUGUUAACCUCCAUCUAUUUUUCUCAUCAAUCACUCCGGUUGCAAGGGCCAAUGUGGCUGCUAGCGCUUCUGUGUGUGCAAUUUGAGAGAUCGCCGCCCUCUGAGCGCCGGAACCCGGUCCUACAUGUUGCCCGCAUUGCCUUUCCAUCUUGAUCUCGCUGGCACAUCGUGUUGUGCGACAAUGAUCAAGAUAAUCAAGCUCUGGGGUUUAUAUAUUCCGACUCCCGCACACACGUUGGGCGCGCCGUCCCAAACACAUACUCGAAGCGAGAUUGAAUUGCACUCCGACCUACAGAUCAAGUAGGCAAUUGAGCAAGAGACUGGUCAAGUUUCACCACAAAAUCUUCCUGCAUGCUGCUCUGCGGCGCUGAGAUCAGUUUUGGAUGAUGCGGAAGGAUGUCCACCAUCUGCACGUCAGCUGGGCUGUCCAUCGGCGUUCAAAACCAGCAACAAGCAUAAUGCACGGUAGAGCCAAGCCGCCGCUCCCAGUCCAACCUGACAGAUGGUAGCAACAAGUCCCUUGAGUGGCGCCUUUCGUGUUGAUUAUACAUGUCGCAAGUUCAAGGCGGCUGUCACCGCCGCGAAUAUCCUCCGCAGUGGUUGGCCAACGACGAAGUAGCUUCUCAUCUGUGGCGGGUGAUGCCAUGCUAGUAGAAUCACGGGCAAUGAUCGACCAUACGGAGUUGAGACCCAGCUGACCAUGAGUCAUUUAUAUCGACGGACGGACAUGGUUCACCAAAACUGGGGCCCUGGAGGCUUAUUGGGCAAUGUGAGCGGCUGGGACAAAGUUGAAUUACACAGCCGCUGAUGGCGGCUUGUACAGCCACCCGUCACACAUUGGCUCCUUCUACCAGCAGACGCUGUGCAAAUGCGUCGAUCAUACCCUAAUGGAUCUCAUUGACGCCAAUAACCUCGUCGCAGGCACACCAACCUUCUUUCCUGCCUUCCUUUCUCACCUCCGGAGCUCGGCGCCUACAUUACCCAUCGACCCUGUCGUCGUGCAAUCCAUCCUCCUGUGUUUAGUUGCCGGGGACAAGCACCUCCUCCUUCGCGCUCCAGAACAGGACGUGCGGCUUGUGGUCAGGCUCGCCUUCUUCGGAGGUCAAUCUUGCUUCAAGACGUUAUCCACUGUCUUUGGGCUGCCGACUCACAAGGUCAAGAUUCGACCCAGGAGUCCCGCAACUCAAAUUGACGCGGGAACGCCAUUUCUACGCUCUCUGUUCAUUCCAUGGACUACCGCUUCCGACUUUCAAGAUGACGCGAAAUCGUCCAUCAGGACUCGCAACCACGCGACAUGGGCUCGGAGCACCACCAAGAAGCCCAGUCGGCGCUCCAUGUCCAGCCCAGCGGACGCCGCGACACUCAGCUCAAAUCCGUUCAGUGACAAUCACGAGGCGUUUUCGGGAUCGAGCACCACGACGAAUCCUUUCGCUACCACGCCACGCUCAGCACGGACACGCCUCCCCCUUCCCCACACCAUCUCUGAUCCUACCCCAGUCAGAGAUAGCCGGCCCUCUGGGAUGCAGCCAAGCGCCCUGGUAGUAUCUGGUCUAGAAAACUCGGCGCUGUCCUCGCAACGUGCACUCACGCGCGUGCUGGCUGAGAAACGGGUCGUUCUGGAAGAAGAGGACGAUGUGUAUGACGAGGUCUGGAAUCUGCCGGAGGGAUUCAUCACGGUCUAUGUAUGUCCUGUGGAUCCCCACGAGCGACCUGCCAUCCAUAAGAAUCUGUUGGACAAAUUUGCUAUGAGCGCUACUGUGAACCCGCAUGCUGCGACGCGAAGUCUGCUGACUCAAACGCGUAAUUCAGCCUCGUUUCGGAAUUCCCCUGCCGUGCACCCUGUUGCCCUGCCGCAGCAAACACCGACAGCCCCAACACAGUCCAAAUCCUUGCAGCAUCACCACUCGCUAUCCUCACUUGCCUUUCCGCUCGUCUCCUCGUCGUUCCUGACCGACCUGCGGGCGCUGUAUUCCCGGACGUAUCUGAAUCCUACGCUCAGUCUGUAUGCGUCGGAUCUGUUCUCUGCUGCUCGCCAUCAUCCUCAAUUAGAUGGGAUGUGCCUCACAGCGCAGUCAAUGAAGGACGCGACCGACCUGGCCCGCGCCGGUCGGGUCGUCGGCGCAGACUUGACUGGAAUCGAGCUUGUCAGGGAUGACGCUGCUUUCCUCGCGUUGCAGGGAAGCGAGCCUGCGCAGAAUCAGAUCUUCGAUUCGCCUGACAUCCCGGAAAGCCCGGAAUGGCCCGAGCAGACCGACAGCAAACAGCAUGUCUACCAGCCUGUGGAAGUCGUCAUCGAAGACGCGGACCAACAGUCCAUUGUGCCAUCGGCCCUGACGGGGAUGCCGGGAAGGACAGGCGAACAGGAGGUUCUGGAGGUCAGCGAGGCGGACAUCGCCCGGAUAGUUCCGCGGGUGAUGACGCAUCGUUUGCGGGUGCGGAAUGGGCCCCGUGAGGAGUUGCUGGCGAGUGCAGUCUAUCCCUUGGUCGAUGAUGAGCAUAGUGUGGAGGUCAUCGAAGCUGGGACCAGGAUCACUGUCAAGGACAUCCUGCUAGAGCAGACAGAGUUGUCAUGUAUCCGUGCAGCCGGAUCACCGGCGGGUCGCUGCGUACUGAUCACCUUCUCUACCAUGAACCACGACCACAGUAUGCACUCCAUGGAUAUGGACCACGGCGGGCACGGUGGCCACGAUGGGCACAACAUGCCCGCGGUCCGGUGCUCGAUGAACAUGCUCUGGAACACCCAGAUCGUCGACACUUGUAUCGUCUUCGAGUCGUGGCACAUCCGCUCGCAAGCCAUGUUCCUGGGGUCCUGCAUUGCCAUCGUCGCGCUGGCCGUGUUCUACGAGUAUCUCCGCGCGUUCGCCAAGUCCGUGGAUGUGCGCAUCGCCCUUGCGUUGGCUGGACCGGGCAAGGGCAAGAGCCGCUCGAGCAGCAGGCCGAGAAGUGAUGAUGAGGACGCUGGCUUGUUGACAGGUCGACGAGUGUUCAACAUUCAUACCACGGGGACCCCCGUCCCACCAAUGCUCCGCGUCCUGCGCGCUUCUCUGUACGGUGCAACCGUCUUCCUAUCAUUCUUUUUGAUGCUGGUCUUUAUGACCUACAACGGAUAUCUGAUCUUCGCCACUGUAUUCGGCGCCGCUCUCGGCCAUUUCAUCUUUGGGGGUACCAUCAACGUCGAUGCUUUGCUGAGCGACGACACCAAGGGCAUGGCCUGCCAUUAAUGCAUGCAUACAUAGUCGUCAUCUAUGGGACUUCUUGUAUAGAACUGACUUACAGGAGAAUGGAAGGAAUUCACAACAACAGAGCGCCUUUCAA